CAAAGAGCUAGCGGGUUACCUUCGUCAUAUGGAAAAACGCGCAUGAGGGAGAUGUGCGGCCGUUUAUCAAAGGCGGAAAACAAAUAAAACGCCCGCCGCUUCUCCCGCGAGGGCCUUAAUAAAAACACACGCGUCGGCCUCACUCGAUUGUGAUUUAUUGGGCCUGUUCUUCCCUGCAGAAACACGCCGAUAAAGAGUUGUAAAAAGUGGUGUACGAUGUCAGACGCACGAUAUAGCUGCAGCGGCGAGGAUGAAGCUCAGCACCGCGCCCAAGUUUGGGCUGGCCGCGGACAGCGAGGAAAAACAGUGCUGGAUCAUUGCAUGCGCCACCACUUCCUGGCUCAAGCAAAUCCUCAAACUCAUCGUGCUCGUCGCCUGCAUGACCGCGGUCGUCUUUCAGCUUUCUGAGUGCAUUCUGAAGCUGCACUACCCUCCUGUGUCGACGCGUACCGAGCUGAAGAUUAACACGACCGUCAACUACCCGGCCUUGACCAUAUGUCGCAAUCCUGCCUACAAGGACGCUGUGCUCAGAAAGUACAACUUGGGUCCCAGUAUCCGCCUUACGUCCGAGUGGGCCAAGUUUCCCUACGACAAGAUUAGUCUGUCCGAGUUUUGGAAAGAAGCGACAUACACAAUGGUUGAGGGUAUCAACCAGUACGGAAUGGCUGGAUCCAUUAAUCACACAAAUCUUGAGGAGACCAUGAAUUUUUUGAGCGGGAGGUGUUUCACGAUCAAACCGGAAAUCGCUACAAGGCAAAUCGGAAGCGACGCUGGUUAUUCGGUCCUUCUGAGACAUACAAGACCAACCUCUCCUGCCUGGAAUCUGUAUGUUCAUCAGGUUACGGAUGACAUGAUAGAAAACACCAUGCAAAGUUCGGCUGUGCAGGAGCUGAUAAUUUUGCCGGUGGGCGAGAUGGCGCACGUGAAGAUGACAGUGCAUCAGUUGGAGCGGGUGAACCACCCAAAAUCGCCGUGCAACCCAGACCGAAAGUACAGCUCUGCAAACUGUGAGGAGCGGUGCAGAUGGCGGGAAAUCGAGGCCAAAUCGGCGUGCUCGGUGCCGUGGAUGCCAGGCUCCGAUCUGCCCGAGUGCAACAACUACACCAGCUUGCUGCCUGUCAUAGUCGAGUACCUCAAGUUUAAUACGAGCAAUGAGUGCUCGGCGCAGUGCCCCAAACCGUGUCACAUCACACAGUUCAAUACUUUCAUUGUGAACCGUGCAAGGGAUGCCACUUUGCCGUCAGGCCAUAGCCAGAUUUACUUGUUUCACACGUCAAAAAUGUUUACCUGGGUGAGAGAGCACUGGGACUAUGACCUGUCACGAUUUGUGGCCGAUGCCGGUGGCUCGCUCGGAUUCCUGCUCGGCGUCUCGGUUCUCAGCCUGCUCAGCAUGCUUGGCAAGGCGCUUCAGAUUUUCACGUGCUGCGCCCGCACGAAAGGCGCUGACGCAGCGAGCAACAAUACCAGCCGCAGCAGUUCUAUCAAUAGCUUCCCCAACGUUAUUAAAAAGGAAAAAUUUUAAAACAGAAAUGGCUUUCUAUGAAAAAGUAUAUUAAAUUUAUUUCAGUAUAAUGUUAACUCUUCGGAAACAAUAUAAUCAACAACGCAACUCACAAAGUGUACAUUUGCUGACUUGAAUAAAUAGCUAAACAAUUUUGUGAGUUCAAAAA